AUGUCUGAUAACCCGAAGCAUACUAACCGACUCAUCAAUGAGACGAGUCCCUACCUUCUGCAACACGCCCACAAUCCUGUCAAUUGGUAUCCGUGGGGUGAGGAGGCACUUGCACAAGCCGAGCAGCAGGACAAGCCCAUCCUAUUGAGCAUCGGUUACGCUGCCUGCCACUGGUGCCAUGUCAUGGAGCACGAAUCUUUCGAGAACGAAGGGAUUGCCGCGAUCAUGAAUGAGCAUUUUAUUAGCAUUAAGGUUGAUCGUGAAGAACGCCCAGAUUUGGACGAAAUUUACAUGAACGCGGUCCAAAUGCUUACAGGACAGGGCGGUUGGCCCAUGACCAUGUUUCUGACACCGGAUCUAAAGCCGUUUUACGGUGGCACCUACUUCCCUCCCGAUAACCGCUACGGGCGUCCGGGGUUUCCGCGUGUGCUGCUUGGCGUUGCAGAGGCGUACCGGGAGCGUCGUGAUGAGGUAGGGGAACAAGCGGAUCAGAUUAUUGGCAACCUGAAUCAGUUGUCGGCAAUGGAAGGACAUGGCCAUCAAUUGACAACUGACAUGUUGGAUCAGGCGUAUCAGGAUUAUCUGUCGCGAUUCGAUCAUCAUGAGGGUGGGUUUGGGAGUGCGCCUAAGUUUCCGCCAAGUAUGGGACUCUCGCUGUUGUUGAGGCAUUGGCAUCGCACAGAUAACGCCAACGCGCUUAAUAUGGUCGAAGUAACACUGGAGAAAAAUGGCGCGCGGUGGGAUGUACGAUCAGCUUGGUGGCGGAUUCCACCGCUACUCGGUUGA